CCAGAGGAGAAGAGGGCCUGUUUUGUCCCGGAGAAAGGGGCGAGAGUAAUAAACAAGCUAAAUAUUCCAUCGCUGGCCCUUGGCGGGGGCCUUGGUGACCUUGAUGGGGCCAAGAAGACAUCAAGACCCUCAGGGAAUGAGACAAACCUGGACACCACCCUGGAUAAGAUCUGCAACAACAACCCCACUAUCACAGAUGUAAACCUGAACAACAUAGAAAACAUUCCCAAAGAAAUGCUUAUAGAAUACGUCAAUGCCUUGAAGAAGAACAAACACGUAAAAACCUUUAGCAUAGCCAACACCGAUGCAGACGAAAACAUUGCCUUCACCCUGGCCAACAUGCUGAGAGAGAACCGUUGCAUCACCACACUGAACAUAGAGUCUAACUUCAUAACAGGGAAGGGCAUCAUCGCCAUUAUCCGCUGCCUACAGUUCAAAGAGACGCUCACUGAGCUCCGCUUCCACAACCAGAGACACAUGCUGGGCCACCACGCGGAGAUGGAGGUGUCGCGCCUGCUCAAGGCCAACAAUACCCUCCUGAAGAUGGGCUACCACUUUGAGCAGGCAGGGCCUAGGAUGGUGGUGACUAACCUACUGACCAGGAACCUGGACCGCCAGAGACAACAGAGGAACGAGGAGCAGAGCAAGCAGCAGAAGCAGGAGCAGAAGGAGGUGUUUGAGAUGUAUGAACGGGCUCUGAACCUGCCCUCAGGGCUAUUGGCGUUGCUUGGCUACGUCCCUCACGAAAUCGCGGCCCUCAUGCCGCAGCUGCCCAAGGGUCCACAGGGUCCCAUGGAACCCAAACCAGAGCCCUCCUCCCGAGUCAAGCAGUCCAACACUUCUCCACAGUAUCAACACAAGCAGAUUUACCACGCUCCACAGCGCAACCCCAUUCCACAACAACUCCCCAGCAUGGACUCGUCUGGUAACCCUCUAAGAAACAUCCAGCUGAAGAGGACCCCCAAAAAGCGUGACCCUUUUCUGGAUGUGGACCCAAGGGACGACAGGAGAGCAGAGAGGCUGAACGUCCAGCUCAGGAAGACAACAGGAAAACAGAGGUGUACCGGCAUUGAUGAGAUGGUAGAACUGAAGGCCACUCUGAAAGAUGUGAUGAAGACAUUAAAGCCUGUUCCUCGAAGGCGGCAGGUAGGGGUGUCCUUGUCUCAUCGCGCAGCAGCGACUCCUGUGGCGGGCGGGCGCAGUGCGCGCUAACCAAGGUGGCCAGGUACACGGUGUGUUUCCUCCGACACA